AUGCAUAUCCGGAGCUUGCUCAAGCUUUAUGCCACGGCGGCACUCGCUGCUUCAUCGUCUGCUCUCUCCGUGCCUCGAUCCAGUUCCAGCUCUCUUGAAUCUCGCCAGAAUGGAGGACCACUCGUCUUUUGCCACUUCAUGAUUGGCAUCGUCGGCAACAGAGGCAGCGCCGCCGACUUCGACGCCGACAUGAAGAAUGCCAAAGCCGCCGGCAUCGACGCCUUUGCGCUCAACAUUGGCGUAGACUCGUACACCGACCAGCAGCUCGAGUACGCCUACGAGUCGGCCGCCAACAACGGCAUGAAGGUCUUUAUUUCCUUCGACUUCAACUGGUACCACACCGACCAGGGCACGCAAGUCGGCCAGAUGAUUCAAAAAUACGGCUCCAAGCCCGCCCAGCUGCUCGUCGACGGCAAGAUCUUCGCUUCGUCGUUUGCUGGUGAUGGCGUGGAUUCGAAUGCUGUUCGUUCUGCGGCUGGAGGAAACAUCUUUUGGGCGCCAAACUUUCAUCCUCAGCAGGGAACCAACUUGGGUGAUGUUGACAGCGCAUUCAACUGGAUGGCCUGGCCCAGUGAUGGAAAUAACAAAGCCCCCAAGCCGGGAUCUAAUGUUACUGUCCAGGAUGGCGAUAACACUUACACCAACGCCCUCGCCGGCAAGCCAUAUCUCGCCCCUGUAUCCCCCUGGUUCUCGACUCACUUUGGAGCUGAAGUCCCCUACUCCAAGAACUGGGUGUUUCCCGGCGAUUUCCUCUGGUUCGACCGCUGGACGCAGAUCCUGCAGCUCAAGCCGCGCUUCGUCGAAAUCAUCACCUGGAACGACUACGGCGAGUCUCACUACGUCGGCCGCCUCGACAGCCCGCACGGCGACGACGGCAACUCCAAGUGGACGUACGGAAUGCCGCACAACGGCUGGCUGGACAUGGCCGAGCCCUUCAUCGCCGCGUACAAACAGGGCUCCAACGAUCCGGCACCGCAUAUUACCGAAGACAAGAUUGUUUACUGGUUCCGUCCUACAUUGUCGAGCAUCAACUGCGAUGCCACAGACACCACCAUGGGCGACGCCGACAACUCCACCGGCAACUACUUCAAGGGCCGGCCCGACGGCUACCAGACCUUACAAGAUAAAGUCUUCAUCGUCACGCUGCUCAAGGAAGCUGGUACUCUUGAGGUCACCGUCGGGGGCAACACGCAGACCUUCCAGGCCGCUGCGGGUGCAAACAAGUUCUCCGUCGACAUGGCACCUGGUCCGAUCUCGUUCAAGGUCAACGGCUUGUCUGGCGAUGCGGGGAUGCAGAUCUUGGAUCACUGUCCCUGUGGGAUCUACAACUUUAAUGCGUUUGUGGGCACGAUUCCUGCGGGCGUGCCGGAUCAGCUGCAGCCUGCGGGUUAUUCCAACAUAAUGAACGGCCUCAAGGUGUCGACGUGUGGUCCGACUGGGAAUUAA